UUUUCUCUCUCUCCCCAGUAAACCAGAAUUAGCCGGUAUAUGAGAGCCCAAUGAUCCCGGAGCCGAGCGAUAAUACCCCGGGAGCCGGGAAUGAGGCCGGACCAGGAGGAUGACCUGAGGCCGCAGGGCGGCCGGGGCUGCACCGGGGAUCAUGGAGCCUGCAACUUGUUUAUGGACAAGGAGAUCCUGAGGGUCCAGAGGGUCCAUCUGUGCAGCUGGGACCAGAUUCCCUGCUUGUACAAUGAUCCCUAAAUCAGCUGGAGUGUUUUAACCUGUGGAUGUUCCAGUCACAUGAAUGGUAGAGAAGCAAAAGGUCAAGAUGUGCAGUGAAGGAGCAAAAAUGGGAAAAAAAAUUGACAGGAACACGAAAGGAAGCACAAACAAGGCAAAAGUGGACCCCAACAUUGAUGGAGGAUGGGCAUGGAUGGUUGUACUGUCCUCAUUCCUUGUCCACCUUUUGGUUAUGGGAUCACAGAUGGCACUUGGGAUUCUUAACAUGGAGUGGCUUGAAGAGUUCAACCAAAGCAGAGGUCUGACAGCAUGGGUCAGCUCCCUAUCAAUGGGUAUCACUCUGAUUGUAGGUCCAUUUAUCGGCUUGUUUAUUAACACAUGUGGAUGUCGGAAAACUGCAGUGAUUGGCGGGUUCCUCACUUCUCUUGGUUGGGUUCUUAGUGCAUUUGCCACCAAUGUGCACUUUCUGUUCUUUACAUUUGGUGUAACAGCUGGUAUUGGAAGUGGAAUGGUAUAUCUUCCUGCAGUGGUGAUGGUGGGUCAGUACUUUCAAAAGCGCCGUGCGCUAGCACAAGGACUUAGUACCACAGGAACUGGGUUUGGGACCUUCCUUAUCACGGUUCUUUUGAAGUACUUGUGUGCAGAGUAUGGCUGGAGAAAUGCCAUGAUAAUUCAGGGAGCGGUCACCCUUAACCUGUGUGUUUGUGGAGCUCUCAUGAGGCCUUUAGAGUCCAGAGAUCAAUGCAGUGCGAAGACUUCUAAUGAUCACCAAGAUAAGAAGGAAGCCUCACUGGUAGAUGCUGGUGCUGGAAAACCCAAUAAUGCUCUGCAUGAAGAAGAGGAUGGAGAGGUCAGAAAGGACACUGGAGCUUCAUGGAGCAAAGAAGACAAAAGUAAUGAGAUUGUCAUAAAGGACGUAAGCAGAUUGGGAAUCCUGAAGUCUUUGACUCGAAUGACUGUGUCAGUAAGGUCUGGCUUUUGGACCUGGUAUUCUAGUUACUUUGGGGCAGCCUCUCUCUUCACUAACAAAGUGUUUGUAGCAUUCGUCUUAUGGGCUUUGCUGGCCUACUGUAGCUUUGUCAUUCCUUUUAUACACCUCCCAGAGAUUGUGGAACUCUAUGGUUGGUCCGCACAGAACAACAUCUUUCCUCUGACCUCAAUUAUUGCUAUUGUGCAUAUUUUUGGAAAGAUAAUCUUAGGUUUUCUUGGAGACCUGUCCUGUGUCAGUGCCUGGAAUGUCUUCAUUGCUUCCAAUUUUACCCUCGGUAUCUGCAUCCUCAUUCUCCCUCUUAUGCAAAUAUAUGCUGCCUUGGCUGUGGUCUGUGCACUUAUAGGAUUUUCAAGUGGCUACUUCUCUCUCAUGCCUGUUGUGACUGAAGAUUUGGUGGGCAUCAAGCAACUGGCAAAUGCUUAUGGGAUUAUUAUCUGUGCCAAUGGGAUUUCAGCACUUUUGGGACCUCCGUUUGCAGGCUGGAUUUUUGACAUCACACAGAAAUAUGACUACUCUUUCUAUGUGUGUGGCUUGCUCUACAUGUUGGGAAUUAUCUGUUUGCUGCUGGAGCCUUGUCUACAACCAAAAGAGCAAAAGCAUGAAAAACCUGUUGAGAACUGUGAAGUUUGAAAGUCAAGACGGCCAUCGUCAUCUAAGAGACCAAUGCCCCUGAUGCCUGUAGUUUUAGAAGAGCUGUUAACCCACAAGCUGCCAUAUUAUGUCUUAUUUCUUGGUUUUAUAUGGGUAAAUGUGGACUUGAGGUUCAGAGGACAUUACAACUAUGAUAUAUUCAGUGCACUUAUAAACUCUGUCUACUCAGACAUUCAAAAACCACUUACUAUAUGCAGAUACUUGCAGUCUAAGCCAAAUCUCAUAGAACUGUAAGAUCCUCCCAGAACCUAGAGGGAGCAGGUUACAGGGUUGAGGAUAAUAUUGGGUAUUUAUGAUCAGGAUAUGUCUGAGUGAUACAAAUGGGGGUACAGAGAAUUACUGUUUGCAAACCAUAUUUUUAUAUGACAAUGGACUCCUUUUUAUUUCUAAGAUAUUGACUCACUGUAAUCUUUGGUGGCUUUUAUGAAACUCAUUGCACAAUAUAACUGGAUGCCAUUGCUAACAAUGAUUUCAUAUUGGGCUGCUGGCAAGUUCUACUGAGCAUGUAUGAAACAGAAAAGCAAAGUACAAUUCACAUAAAGCCUAAUUCCGCUCUAAUAGUGUGAAUCUAAUGACAAAUAGUUUUCUUUAUUUAUUCGGUAUUGGUUUUGAGUUACACCAUGUCUUUUUCUAUGUAUCUAUAUAUCUCUUCAAAAUUGUGUUGCUUGCCAUUGUAAAAAUAUAGCAAUGU